AUGGAUAUCCACCGGUGCCGAUUCGUCCGUUAUCCUGCCUCGGCCAUCAACGCGGUCGCAUUUACGCACUCGUCGCUCCCUUCGGUUUCGGCGCAAAAGAAGCACCUCGUGAAACACAUUCAGGUCCGACUCGCGAUCGGCAGGGCCAAUGGCGACAUUGAGAUCUGGAACCCUCUCCAGGGUGCCUGGCAUCAGGAACUAGUCAUUCCUGGUGGGAAAGAUCGGAGUGUUGAUGGCCUAGUCUGGGUUACGGAACCCGACGAGGAGAUGGCCGACGGCAAGACCAUCCACGGAAAGUCGCGCCUCUUCAGCAUUGGGUACACAACUACCAUCACAGAAUGGGAUCUGGAGAAGGCCAAAGCGAAGAAACAUGCAAGCGGCCAACAUGGCGAGAUAUGGUGCCUCGGUGUCCAGCCUCCCCCGACCAAGGGCGGCGCUGCGUCCGGCAGCAGGAAGCUGGUUGCCGGCACCGUCGACGGCAAUCUGGUUCUCUAUUCGAUUGAGGACGGCGACCUGAAAUUCCAGAAGACCCUCAUCCGGACCCCGUCGAAGAAAACAAAGUUUGUCAGCAUCGCCUUCCAGUCUCACAACGUCGUCGUCGUCGGCUGCUCAAAUAGCACCAUCUGCGCCUACGAUAUUCGAAACGGCACAUUGCUGAGGCAGAUGACGCUAGGAACCGACAUUUCUGGGGGUUCCAAGAACAUCAUUGUGUGGGCUGUCAAGUGCCUGCCCAACGGGGAUAUCGUGUCUGGGGACUCGACUGGCCAGGUGUGCAUUUGGGACGGCAGGACAUACACUCAGGCGCAGCGGAUUCAAAGCCAUUCACAGGAUGUAUUGUGCCUCUCCGUCAGCGCGGACGGUUCUAAGAUCGUUUCGGGGGGGAUGGAUAGGCGGACGGCCGUCUACGAGCCUAUUGCCGGGCAGGCUGGGCGCUGGUCAAAGGUGUUUCACCGCAGGUAUCACCAGCACGAUGUCAAGGCAAUGGCUUCGUUUGAGAGCAAGGCAAUGAGCGUUGUAGUUUCUGGCGGCUCGGAUGCCACCCCUGUGGCCUUGCCUCUGCGCGCUGCGGGCAGGGAGUAUCACCGAACGUUGCCGCAUCUUCCACAAACCGCGCCACUACACAGCGCUCCCAUAGCACGCUUCCUCCUCAGUUGGUGGGAAAACGAAAUCCGUAUUUGGCACCUCCUCAGCCCGGCACAGAAGCUGCUCGACGACCCCCAAGCCGCACUCAGCUUGCGGAAGAACAGAAAGCUUCUCGCCCAGGUCCUAGUAAAAGGAGACUCUUACAUCUCAUCCGCCGUAAUUAGCGAAGAUGGGACACUCCUUGUUGCUUCAACCGCCACGGACAUCAAAAUCUUCCAGCUCGACUUCUCAAAGGGCACCCAAACGGAACAACUUCAAAUCAGGAAAGUGGACAUGCUUACGGCCGGCCUUGCCGCCACCAAGGUACAGAUCUCACCGGAUAACCGGUGGAUAUCCUGGGUGGAGGAAGGGAGCAAAGUGAUGGUCGCUCAGGUGCAUACCACAGAAUCAGAAGUCGGCCCGACAUACACAAUUUCCCUACCCCACAAGCUACACCGACUUCGGCGUCAGAUCCCAAAGCACCUUCUUCUCGGCGGUCUCGGAUCCUACGAUCGGAACGUCACCCAAAUCGCCUUCUCGCCCGAUAGCAGACUCUUCAGCGUGGCGGACUUGGCGGGCUUCAUCGACACGUGGGUCUUACGCGGCCCCGGCGAGGGGGCGAAUGGCACGAGCGGCGGAGAUGACGAUGAUGCGGCCAGCGAGUCAUCGGAUGACUCGUCAGACGAGGAGACCGACGACGUCGCGGGCGAGCGUUGGGUCCGCAACCCCAAUGCCAAGCUUCUCCCCAAGCUGUCCGCCGCACCCGUGCUGCUGUCAUUUGCGAAGACCCAGCGGGAUGACGGCGAUUAUGACAUGAUGACUAUCACCGCGGUGAAGACACUGCUCGUUUUCAACCCCCUCCGCGGAGCACUCUCGGAAUGGUCGCGCCGGAACACGUACCCCAAGCUCCCAGCACAGUUCAGGGACACUCGGGACCAGGUUAAGGGAGCCGUAUGGCAAGGCCACAGGGCGUGGAUCUACGGCGUCUCCUCGCUGUUCAUGCUGGACCUGUCCCAGGACUUCGACCUGGAGAAGAAGGACUCGGACGACAAGAACGGGCAGAGGCACGGCACGAAGCGAAAGCGCGGUGUGCAGGAGGGCGGCGCCGGCGGGAAAAUGGAUAAGCAGUCCCUCGCCCCGCAGCGCAUCAAAACGGCCUUAGGUCCCGAUGGGGCCAGGUGGGAGGACGUGGAGAUGGCCGACGCUGACGACCAGAAGAGCGUCGGCGCGAGCAGCGGGGUCGAUGAUGAUGAUGACGACGACGACACCGAUGGCGGUGAGCUGCAGCGUCUCAGGGAUGGCCAUGGCACCAACGGCGACGGCGCGGCGGACGCCGAGGGGGAGGAGGGGUCAAAGGCCCCGAAGUGGUGGCACUCUUACCAGUUUCGCCCGAUAUUGGGCAUCGUCCCGAUCGAGGGCGUGCCCAGUUUGACGAAUGGGGUCGUUCCCGAGGGCCUGCCGCCUCUUGAGGUUGCUCUUGUCGAGCGCCCGCUUACUGGCGAGGAUCUGCCGGAACGUUACUUCGCUGAGGGCGAGUGGGAGAGGUGA